AUGCGAGCCGAGGCCGAACGGCGAUUGAAUCUGCACGAGUUCACGGAGCGUGUGCUGGCAGAGUCUGGUGGCAGCACGUCGGCGCAGAGCCCUCGGACGCGCUUCGAGUCGGUCGUCACCGUCGCCGCCGACGACGACGUCGACGCGGCGUUGGCGCCGGCGCAGUCGGACCGCUGGUGCGUCGCCGCCUUCCUCCUCCUCUUGGGCUUCGUCGGUGGUGCCCUCCACGUGCUCUGCGCUUGGCUAAUUGAUGUGCUCUUGCGCGUGCGCGCGACUGCGAUGGACCAAGUCACCUCGAUCGCUGCGUAUGGUCUCUGGACACUUUACACACUCGUGUUUCUCAUCACCGCUGUGGUCUUGACGCGACUCUCGCCCUCGGCGGCUGGCUCGGGAAUCGCCCAAAUGAAAACGGUGCUGACGGGCAUCGACCCGACGCUGUACCUUCCGGGGUACUUUUCGCUUCGAACGCUGUGCGCCAAGCUGGGCGGCUUGAUCGCUGCCAAUGGCGCAGGCUUGCAGAUCGGAACCGAGGGCGCUUUCGUGCACAUCAUGGCGAUCGUCGCGACAGCGUUGCUCCAGCUCCGGCCCUUUGCCUCUCUCCAAGACCGCCUCUCGGUGCGCCUCCAGCUUCUCGCUGCGUCAGCGGCCGUUGCCGUCUCGUCUGCAUUUGGGUCGCCCAUCGGCGGCGUGCUCUUCUCGAUUGAGGUCACGGCGACGUACUACCUCAUCUCCAACUACCUCAAGGCCUUUGUGUCGUCCGUCGCCGCGGCGGCCAUGGUGCUGUGGAUGAACCGCGCCUUGGCCAGGGUCGAAGGACUCGCGGUUUCUGCGACACGGGCAUCUCAAGCGGAGCCAUCGCUUUUGGAUUUACCACUUGCGAUUCUUCUUGGUGUGGGCAUGGGUGUCCUCAGCUCCGUUUUACAGUGCGCCACGCAGUGGCUUGCCUUCCGGCGACGUCAGUGGGGCGCGUCACCACUUCGCCACGUUCGCUUCUUUGUCCAAUGGCUCGAUCCACUCCUCGUUGGUCUUGUCACCGCGUCGAGCACAUACAUCGUGACCCGCAACCACGCACUCCUCUCGCUCUCCCAGCUGCUCUCACCAGGCGACCUUGGGUCGCUUCCCGGUGUCGCUGCCACGGGUGCCAUUCCGCUUUUCCUCCUCCCGCUCUCGAUUACGCUCAAGUUCCCCACGGGUGUGUGGCUCCCGACCUUUGUCGGUGGCGCGGCCUGUGGACGGCUCUUUGGCAUCGCCGCCGCGUCGCUCUUCCCGUCGCAUAUGACGCUCCGUCGUCAUGGCUUUGCCCUCGUCGGCGCGGCGGGCCUCACGGGUGCCUCGACGCGCACGGUCUCGGCGGCGGUGAUCGCGCUCGAGCUCACUGGCAACUUUGACGCGCUCCUGCCCGUGCUUGCCGGCGUCUUGGCGGCCAUCGGCACCUCGAACCUCGGCGGCUGGCCGUCCAUUUACGACAUCCUUGUCGAGGCCAACGCCUUGCCUUACCUCCCCCUCAUGGAGUUUCAGCGGCACGAGACCGUGGCGGACAUUUUGCACGAGCGCGUCGUGUACGUCUCGAGCACGUCGUCCGUGCUGCAGCUUUUGCUCGCGCUCAACCGGCUGCCGAGCCACGAGAUCCCGGUCGUGGACGCCGAGCACAAGCUCCUUGGCGUCGUCAGCAAGAGCGACCUCCAGCUGCUCGUGCGCCGCUUCUACGACGCGCGCGGCCUUGUGGGCUGCGAGCGCGACUGGGGCGACAGCGGCAGUGACGACGACUACGACACGGCGCGCCACUCGGUGCAGAAAGGCGGCGGCGUGUGGUCCCAUCCGCGUUUGCUGUCGGGGCGCACGGCGCCGACGCUCGACCACAUUUACACGACGCUGCAUCGCCGGCCCUCGUCGUCUGCGGCCAGUCUUCUCCGCGGCGACGGGCUGUACCCGGUGCACCCUGCGAUGCUCAUGAACGACGAGAAGAUGAUUGCGCUCCUAAGCCACGAGUGGCCGGCGGAGAAGCUCGACGUGCUCGCCACCGAGGUCGAUGUCGCGGCCGAGUGCGUGAUUCGACCGCUGGCCAUGACGCUGGUCGCCGAGACGACGUUGGAAGAUGUGCACAUGCUCUUUACGAUGUUGCGCAUGGACCACUGCUACGUCACGGCGCUCGGGAAGCUCCAAGGCGUCGUGACGACGCGGGCGCUUAUCAAAGCGGCGACCAAGUAG